AUGCGCUUGGUGAGGUGGGAGCUGCGGCUCAUGCUGUGGUGGUGUAAACUGGUUUCACUGGUGCGGUGUUCCGCCGUUCACAUCAGCGAGGAUGCGGUAGUUGGCACCGUGGUGGCCGGAGAGGAGCGCGGCGCGCGGUGCGCUUUGGAUCAGGUUCUGGUUCCUACAUUCGCGCAGCGCUUUUUGGAGACGGACGCAGCGGCGGGCAUCGUGCUCCUGUCGCGCUCGAUCCAGUGCAGCUCCAUACCUUCAAACCCCUUUACUUUAUACAUAGUGGAGGACUGCUCGGACUCCGGACACAGGCACCUUCUCACCACUCAGUAUGACGUGCAUGUUCACGGUAGGAACUGUUCCCAUAGGCGUAAGAGGAAAUCUGAAUGGGACAUGGAAGUCCUGAGUUUGUUCAGCAGCAGCGUAGAGUGCCACAUUGCACACUCCGCUUUAUUUCCAGUGGGGGGUCUGCUGCCUGGCCCCCCGCUCCGCUGUAAGGUCUCCAACAGUCCGGAGUUUUACUUCUCAGAGGGGGGGCUGUUUGUGUCUGAGACUCUGUGCUGGAAGCAGGACAGGCUCCUGGAGCUGAACCUGUUCUGUGAUGUACUUACAGGAAAGGGACUAAAUUUAAAACCAAUCUGGAUCCACUGGCGACUGGGUCAGGGUUCAUUCAGCCAGGGGCACCUACAGAAACUCCUGGAGAAGGCAGCUCAGUCUGAUUCAGGGAUUAUGAGCAGGAAGAGGAGAAGUAUCAACAGCAGUCCCCAGUUUAAGCCCCCGAUGUACCAAGUGUCAGUAGCAGAGAAUAAGCCAGCUGGGACUCCGGUUGUUGUUUUGAAGGCUGUGGAUGUGGAUGAGGGAGAAGCUGGCAGGUUGGAAUAUUUCAUUGAGGCUCUCUUUGACAGCCGCUCUAACAAUCUUUUUGCUGUAGACCCGGUCAGUGGUGCUGUAUCAACUGUGGAGGUGCUAGACAGAGAAACAAAAGAUACUCAUGUGUUUCGUGUGACAGCAGUUGACCACGGCACUCCUCGACGUACAGCCAUGGCCACCCUUACAGUCACCGUCAGUGACACCAACGAUCACAAUCCUGUUUUUGAGCAGGAGGACUAUAAAGAAAGCAUCAGGGAGAACUUAGAGAUUGGCUACGAAGUUCUGACCGUGAGGGCCACAGAUGUGGACGCCCCCGUUAAUGGUAACAUCCUUUACAAUAUCCUCAACGGUAAUGGGUCUAAUGAGGUCUUUGAGAUAGAUUCCAGAUCUGGUGUCAUCCGCACUAAAGGACUGGUAGACAGAGAGGAGGUGGAGUCCUAUAUGCUGCUAGUGGAGGCGAAUGAUCAGGGUCGUGACCCCGGGCCUCGCAGUGCCACAGCUACCGUCUACAUUAUGGUAGAAGAUGAUAAUGAUAAUGCGCCUCAGUUCAGUGAGAAACGCUAUGUGGUGCAGGUGCCAGAGGAUAUGACUCCAAACACAGAGAUCCUGCAGGUCACUGCCACAGAUCAGGACAGGGGGAGCAAUGCCGUGGUUCACUUCAGCAUUAUGAGUGGAAACACCCGGGGUCAGUUUUAUCUUGAUGCUCAAACGGGCAAAAUGGACCUGGUGAGUCACCUGGAUUAUGAAGCUAACAAAGAGUACACCCUGAGAAUCAGGGCUCAGGACGGAGGCCGUCCCCCGCUGUCCAACAUCAGUGGGCUGGUCACAGUGCAGGUGCUGGACGUCAAUGACAACGCCCCCAUUUUUGUAAGCACACCUUUCCAGGCCACCGUACUGGAAAACGUUCCUCUGGGUUACUCUGUUAUUCACAUCCAAGCUGUAGAUGCUGACUCUGGAGAAAACUCCAGGUUGGAGUAUCGCCUCACUGAAACCACACCAAACUUCCCCUUCGCCAUCAACAACAGCACGGGGUGGAUUGUGGUGGCAGCGGAGCUGGACAGAGAGAGUGUUGACUUUUACAACUUUGGAGUAGAGGCCCGCGAUCAUGGCUACCCUUUCAUGUCUUCGUCCGCCAGCAUCAGCAUGACGAUCCUUGAUGUCAAUGACAAUAACCCAGAGUUCACCCAGAGGGCGUAUUACAUGCGUCUGAAUGAGGACGCGGCUGUGGGAACCAGCGUGGUGACAGUAUCAGCUGUGGACCAGGACAUCAACAGUGUAGUUACUUAUCAAAUAUCCAAUGGAAACACUCGCAACAGAUUCUCCAUCACGAGCCAGAGUGGGGGAGGACUAAUUACACUCGCCCUACCCUUGGACUACAAACUAGAACGGCAGUACAUGCUUACAGUCACUGCAAGCGAUGGCACUCGCUUUGACACAGCCAACGUUUUUGUUAAUGUCACAGACGCCAACACACACCGCCCUGUGUUUCAGAGCUCACACUACACAGUCAACAUCAAUGAGGACAGACCUGUGGGUACCACUGUGGUGGUGAUUAGUGCCACUGAUGAAGACACUGGUGAAAAUGCACGCAUAACCUAUGUGAUGGACGACAGCAUCCCACAGUUUGACAUCGACCCUGACACGGGAGCUGUCACCACACAAACGGAGCUGGACUACGAGGAUCAGGUCUCUUACACUCUGGCCAUUACUGCUCGGGAUAACGGCAUCCCUCAGAAAUCUGACACAACCUACCUGGAAAUACUAGUGAAUGACGUUAACGAUAACUCACCGCGCUUCCUACGAGACUACUACGCAGGCUCAGUGAUGGAGGAUGUGCCAGUGUUUACCAGUGUGGUGCAGGUGUCUGCCAUCGACAGAGAUUCUGGGCUCAACGGACGUGUCUUCUACACCUUUCAGGGCGGCGAGGAUGGAGAUGGGGACUUUAUAAUUGAAUCCACCUCUGGCAUUGUUCGCACACUGCGCCGACUAGACAGAGAAAAUGUACCUGUCUACAGCUUGCAGGCUUUUGCUGUAGAUAAAGGUGUCCCUGCUCUGAAAACAGCAGUAAACAUUCAAGUAACAAUCCUGGAUGUGAAUGACAAUCCUCCUGUGUUUGAAAGAGAUGAGUUUGACAUAAUGGUGGAGGAAAACAGCCCCAUAGGCCUUGUUGUUGCACAUAUUUCAGCUACAGACCCUGAUGAAGGAAGCAACGCACAGAUUAUGUAUCAAAUAGUGGAGGGAAACAUCCCAGAGGUAUUUCAGCUGGAUAUUUUCUCUGGAGAACUGACAGCAUUGAUAGACCUGGACUAUGAGCUGAAGUCUGAGUAUGUCAUCGUGGUUCAGGCAACCUCUGCCCCCCUGGUCAGCCGGGCUACAAUCCACAUCAAACUCAUAGACAAGAAUGACAACGUGCCAGUGCUUAAAAACUUCCAGAUCAUCUUCAAUAACUAUGUGACAGAUAAAUCCAGCAGCUUCCCCACUGGAGUGAUCGGACGCAUCCCUGCCCAUGACCCCGAUGUCUCUGAUCAGCUGAGCUACAGCUUUGAGGUUGGGAAUGAACUGAACCUGGUGCUGCUGAACCAAAGCACGGGGGAGAUCCAACUCAGCCCAGCCCUGGAUAACAACCGGCCCCUGGAGGCCUCCAUGAGGAUCUCAGUGUCAGAUGGGAUCCACUCUGUUUCAGCUCAGUGCCUUCUUCAGGUCACCAUCAUCACCGAUGAGAUGUUGUCCAACAGCAUCACCUUACGUUUGGCUAACACCUCUCAGGAACACUUCCUGUCGCUGCUGCUCUCCCAGUUCCUGGAUGGCGUGGCCCGUGUCCUUUCUGCUGCCCCUGAAGACGUCGUCAUCUUCAACAUCCAAGAUGACACAGAUGUCAGCGCACGCAUUCUCAAUGUCAGCUUGUCCGUGGCUGUUCCCGUAUUUGGAGAUGUUCACCAGCAUCCCGGAGGCCUGGAGAGAGGCAGGUCCAGCAGAGGGGUCGAAAGUGGGGAGUUUUUUGGCUCAGAGGAGCUACAGGAGAGGCUCUAUCUGAACCGCAGCCUCCUGGCACAGAUCUCCUCCCAGGAGGUUCUUCCCUUCGACGACAACAUCUGCCUACGUGAGCCUUGUGAGAACUACAUGAAGUGUGUCUCAGUGCUAAAAUUCAACAGCCUGGCACCAUUUGUGGCCUCUGACACCAUCCUGUUCAGACCCAUUCACCCCAUCGCCGGUCUGCGCUGCCGCUGUCCCACCGGCUUUACAGGAGACUACUGCGAGACUGAGAUAGACCUCUGCUUCUCUAAACCGUGUGGAGCGCAUGGCGUGUGCCGCAGCAGGGAGGGAGGCUUCACUUGUGAGUGCUUCGAAGACUUUACAGGAGAACGCUGUGAGCUGUCAUCCCGCUCAGGCCGCUGCGCUCCAGGCGUCUGCAAGAACGGAGGAACCUGUGUAAACCUGCUCGUUGGUGGCUUCAAGUGCGAGUGUCCCCCAGGAGGCUACGAGAGACCCUACUGUGAGAUGACCACUCGCAACUUCCCCCCAAACUCCUUCCUCACCUUCAAGGGCCUCCGCCAGCGCUUUCACUUCACCCUCUCCCUCACGUUUGCCACCAAAGAGCCAAACGGCUUGUUGCUAUAUAAUGGCCGUUUCAAUGAGAAACAUGACUUCAUCGCCUUGGAAAUCAUCAACGAACAGAUACAGCUCACCUUUUCUGCAGGAGAAACCCAGACCACAGUUUCUCUGUUUAUUGUGGGAGGAGUCAGCGAUGGUCAGUGGCACACAGUGGAGGUUCAUUAUUACAACAAGCCAAUACUGAACCAGGCCGGUCUGCCUCAGGGUCCCUCAGACAAGAAAAUUGUGGUAGUGACGUUGGACAACUGUGACACCUCUGUGGCGCUGAGAUUUGGUCACAUCAUUGGAAACUACUCAUGCUCGGCCCAGGGAAGCCAAUCUGGAUCAAAAAAAUCUCUUGACCUGACCGGUCCCCUGCUGCUCGGAGGAGUCCCCAAACUCCCGGAAGAUUUUCCCGUCCGGAACCAGCAGUUUAUGGGAUGCAUGAAGAACCUGCGUAUCGACAACCAGCACGUGGACAUGGCCAGCUACAUCGCCAACAAUGGCACCCUGCCAGGAUGCUCAGCCAAGAGACAUUUCUGCAACAGCAACAACCCGUGUCUGAACGGAGGGACGUGUGUCAACCUGUGGGGUUCUUUCAGUUGUGACUGCCCACUUGGAUUUGGAGGACAGAACUGUGAGAGAGUCAUGGCCAACCCGCUACGUUUCCAGGGUAAUAGCCUGCUGCAGUGGAACAACCUGGAGGCGUUGGCCGCCUCCGUCCUCUGGCACGUCGAGCUCAUGUUCCGCACCCGUCAGGCCACCUCCCUCCUGCUCCACAUCUCCUCGGGCCUACAUCACAACCUUACUCUGCAGCUGCGUGGGGGAAGUGUGCUGAUGGGGCUUCACAGGGGGGAGGACUCCACUCUGUCCCGGGUGGAGGAGGUGUUGGUGAACGAUGGAGACUGGCAUCAUCUACAGCUGGAUAUCAGUAGUCUGGGAGGAGCAGCGAGCCGCCACAAGGCUGUGCUGUCUAUAGAUCAGGGCUUAUACCUGGCCAGUAUGGAGGUGGAUGGAAAGCUGCGGGAAUCCAAGUUGAAAACUGUCAGCGUUGGUGGCUUGGCAAAGCCUGAUGGGAAAAUUCAGCAUGGCUUCCGUGGCUGCAUACAGGGUCUGCGGGUCGGUGGGGCCCUGAGCUUGUCUGUGGCUAAGAAAGUGAACGUGGAGCCGGGCUGCAGCUUGCCGGACCCCUGCAGCUCCAACCCCUGUCCUGCCAACAGCUUUUGCAGCAACAACUGGGACAGCUAUUCCUGCACCUGCCUCAGUGGUUAUUACGGCACCAACUGCACAGACGUGUGCUCACUGAACCCCUGUGAACAUGCUGCUACCUGCACCCGUAAGCCGAGCUCCUCACGCGGCUACACCUGCGAAUGUCCCAGGAACUAUUUUGGCAGAUACUGCGAGAAAAAGACUGACCUGCCAUGCCCAAGAGGCUGGUGGGGUCAUAAAACCUGCGGGCCCUGCAACUGUCCCACUGACCGAGGUUUUGAUUCUGACUGCAACAAGACAAGCGGGGAGUGCCGCUGUAAGGACAACCACUACCGUCCCGAGGGCAGCGACACCUGCCUGCUGUGCGACUGCUAUCCGGUUGGCUCGUUCUCCAGAGCCUGCGACAGAGAGAGCGGGCAGUGUCAGUGCAAGCCUGGCGUCAUCGGGCGCCAGUGUGAUCGCUGUGACAACCCGUUUGCUGAGGUUUCAGCCAACGGCUGUGAAGUAAUCUAUGACAGCUGCCCUCAGGCCAUCGAGGCUGGGAUAUGGUGGCCCAGGACUAAGUUUGGUCUCCCUGCAGCCAUCCCCUGUCCCAGGGGGAGUGUUGGCACGGCUAUCCGCCACUGUGACGAACACAAGGGCUGGCUUCCUCCCAACCUCUUCAACUGCACCUCUGUCACCUUCAGCAAGCUCAAAGUCUUGUCAGAGAAACUGUACCGUAACGCAUCGCUCCUUGAUUCUGGACACACUCAGCAGACAGCCGCCCUGCUGGCCAACGCCACCCAGCACACGGAGAUGCUCUACGGCAGCGAUGUUAAGGUGGCGUACCGCCUCACUCAAACCCUGCUGCAGCACGAGAUCAACCAGCAGGGAUUCAACCUCACAGCUACGCAGGACGUGCACUUCACAGAGAACCUGAUCACGGUGGGAAGCACCAUCCUGGCCCCAGAAACUAAGACGCACUGGGAGCUCAUCCAGCACACGGAGGGCGGCUCGGCGGCGCUGCUGCGGCACUAUGAGGAAUACGCAAACACACUGGCUCAAAAUAUGAGGAAGACCUACCUGAGCCCCUUUACCAUCGUCACACCCAACAUAGUGAUCUCUGUGGAUCGGCUUAAAAAGAUGAAUUUUGCUGGAGCCAAACUGCCGAGGUACCAGGCCUUAAGGGGCCUGCGUCCUGCAGACCAGGAGACGGCUGUCACCCUCCCCGAUUCUGUCUUCCAACCACCCCUUGACAGCAAGGGCCACAGACAUCUGGACAUUUUCCCAGAGUCCUCCCAGAGGAACCGGUCGACAAACAGGAAGAGACGACACCCAGACGACAGCCAACAGGACGCGGUUGCCAGCGUGAUAAUUUUCCACAGCCUGGCCUCGCUUCUGCCCGAGAGCUACGACCCAGACAAGAGAAGUCUACGCGUGCCAAAGCGUCCGGUCAUCAACACGCCGGUGGUCAGCAUCACAGUACACGACAAUGACGAGCUGCUGCAGCACACGCUGGAUAAGCCCAUCACCGUGCAGUUCCGCCUGGUCACCAGCGAGGAGCGCUCUAAACCCAUCUGCGUGUUCUGGAAUCACACCAUACUAGGCGGGAGCGGUGGCUGGUCUGCCAAAGGCUGCGAGGUGGUUUUCAGGAACAGCACCCACAUCAGCUGUCAGUGUUAUCACAUGACCAGCUUCGCUGUGCUGAUGGACGUCUCAAGGAGGGAGAAUGGAGAGAUCCUGCCAAUCAAAAUCCUGACUUGGAGCUCAGCUAGUGUGACGCUGGGCUUCCUCUUCCUCACCUCAGUCUUCCUCCUGUCUCUGAGAGCCAUGCAGUGCAACAAGACGAGUAUAAUCAACAAUGGAGCCACCGCUUUCUUUCUGUCUGAGCUUAUCUUCAUCCUUGGCAUCAACCAGGCUGAUAACCCGUUUCUCUGCACAGUCAUCGCCAUCCUGCUGCACUUCUUCUAUCUGUGCUCCUUCUCCUGGCUCUUCCUGGAAGGGCUGCACAUCUACCGUAUGAUCAGCGAAGUCCGAGACAUCAACUACGGACCCAUGAGGUUCUACUACCUGAUCGGCUGGGGGGUUCCCGCCUUCAUUACAGGUCUGGCAGUGGGACUGGACCCUGAAGGCUACGGCAACCCUGACUUCUGCUGGCUCUCCAUGUACGACACAUUGAUCUGGAGCUUUGCUGGACCCAUUGCCCUGGCGGUGUCGAUGAACAUCUUCCUGUACAUCCUGUCAUCCAGAGCCUUCUGCUCACUGAGACACCACAGCGUUGAGAAGAAAGAGCCCCCAGUCUCAGGCCUGAAGACCGCUGUCGGUGUCCUUCUCUUGGUUUCCAUCACAUGUUUCCUUGCACUCCUCUCAGUCAACAGCGACAUGAUCAUCUUCCACUACCUGUUUGCAGGCUUUAGCUGUGUGCAGGGUCCUUUUGUUUUCUUUUUCCGCAUCGUCUUCAAUCAGGAAGCAAGGAAGGCCAUGAAAUACUGCUGCAGCAGGAAGCGUCCAGAUCACAUGAUCAAAUCUAAGGCUUCGAGCUACAAAUCCAAUACCAGCUACAUGGAUGGAAGGUUGUACCACCUCCCCUUUGGCGACUCCAGCCUGUCUUUAAAUGGCACCAUGCAGAGUGGGAAGAGCCAGCAGAGCUAUGUGCCAUUUACCCUCCGAGAGGAAGGACUUAACAACAGCCAGGCUCACAUAGCUUUAAACGAGCAGACGUCACUCUUCCAAGAAAAGAAGGAGAACCCGGACGAUCAUGACAGUGACUCAGACAGCGAUCUGUCCCUAGAGGACGACCAGAGUGGAUCCUACACCUCUACGCAGUCCUCUGACAGCGAGGACGAGGAGGGCCCACUCCCACCAGAGGAAUGCUGGGAAAAUCUGGCGUCUAAUGGGACUAAGAGGCCACAACUACAUGACAGCAGUUUAGGAAGGAUGCACUGGCCUGAGGAUUACACAGUGGGUAACGGCGAGUUUGCAGGUGGAGAAGGAUCAAAGAUGGACAGUCCAGAGUCAGCCCAACCAGUUCUGGGCCAUAAUCUGCGCUCAUUAUCAGACGACAGGUCACCGGACAGCAUGACAGUACUGCUGCCUGUCUUUCCAAACCUCAGCACCCACCCUCACAGAGGGAUCCUAAAGAAGAAGCAGCUUUCUCCCAUCGUAGAGAGGAACAGUCUCCAUCAUGUCCACAGUGAACCUGUUGGAGGAACUCCUGGCACAGCCUCUCCACAGGGAUCCUCCUCCAGUCGGACCCGAGCCGGGCCUCCUAAACCCGGCGUACAGGAGCAGCUGAACGGCGUGGCCCUGAGCAUCAAGGCAGGAACGGUGGACGGCGACUCUUCAGGGUCAGACAGCCACUGCAACAGCUCCAUGUGACCCAUGCUGAUGGAGGGAUGUAUCUUUGCAGGUCGUAGAGCCUCCCUCUUCUCACAAGGAGCGCCAGACGCCACUUUGAACUCAACGAGGAGGCAGGAAGAGCCCUCUUCAUCAUCAUAAUGCUCUAAAGGAGAGAGUGUGUGAGUUCGUACGUGCGAGCCAAAACUUCAGGAGUCAGAGCACACUGAUGAAACAAGCCGCCCUUUAAAGAAUUUUUGUUUACAUACUUGAAGAAAUGCACUUUUUUUUAUUUUAUUGAUGGUCAACCUUUUUUUUAUAGUUUUUUUUUUUUUUUUAUUCCUGGAUAUGAAUACUGUUUUGAAGUCUGUGUUUGGGCGGGUUGUUUAGAUGUAGGCUCAAACAUUCAGGGAUACCUCUUUUUAUGGUAAUUUGUUAGCUGUUUUGAGGCGAUUCUCUGCUUGCUCUGUGCCUGCUCCAGAUCAGACUCAGGUUAUUGAGUCAGAGGAGAAGUCAAAGGACAGUAAACUUUGGGUCAUGUGUGUUUUUGUGAACCGAUGGAUGCUGAACAGAACUUUAAAUCAGGAGAGAAAGAAAAAACAUGUUUAAACCAGAUAAUUACAUACUCUGUAUAAAAAAAGAAGUCUAAUUCUUUUCCUCUCCCAUUUCAUUAAAGCAGAUAAGUUAAGUUUAAGGUCAGUCAGGGUUGCUUAAAAAUUUAGUCAUGCUUAAUUCCAGAUUAUCUUUGAACUCAUUUUCACACCUUUCCUUAAAUUCAGAAGUUGAAAUAAUUGUUCAUAGUUUUCAGUAGAAAUGCCGUUAAAGUAUAAGAUUCUGGUCAGAUAUUUAAUGUAUCGCUCCACAAGCAUCUUACAAUAGUUUGCUGGCAUUUUAGACCUUUCUAAAACUGAGAUCUGGGACUGAGAUCAUGUGACAUUGCCUACCCAAGGCUGAUUUAUACUUCUAAACUAGGUUGUCUGCGUAGGUGUUGCACUGAACUCAAAGAUGGCCCCUCUGCAGACACUAUGCUGCACCUCUCCCAAAUUGUAGGUCAGACAGUGCCGCAGACAGGAGGCCAGCUUGUUUUUUUUUUUUUAUGACUGAAAUUGCGGAAAACAACUCGUGAAGUUUGACCCGCUAGAAGAG